CCGAUCUCUCGUCCCUUCAGCAGCCGUCAACACCGCUGCAGGCAGCCACUGUCUCCUGCCCCGCGUCGCUUGGCCGUGUGGUCCACUUCCCGCGCAGUCACCCUCCGCCCUGCCUCCUCAAGGUUGGAUGUUCAAGCGGCUCUUUGGUGGCAGUGAAGGUGGCGUCGGCGGCGGCCCCAGCUCCAGCAAGCCGCCGCAGUCUACUGUGAGCCAGCGAAGCCAGCGCAGCACGAUUGAUGCGAUUCAGAAGCUUGGCGAGACUGAGGAACUGCUUUCUAAGCGUCGGGACCUGCUAGAGAAGAAGAUCGCAGCGGAGCUUGAGCGGGCAAAGGUUUUCUUGAAGCAGAAUAACAAGCGCGCGGCCACCAUGGCCCUGAAGAAGAAGAAGCUUUAUGAGAACCAGCUGGAGCAGGUGGAGAACAACAUUCUGCGGGUGAAUGAGCAGCAGAUGGGGCUGGAGAACCUGCGCACCACGGUGGAGACGGUGGAUGCGCUGCGCACGGGCGCGCACGCAUCCAAGGCCACCAUGCAGGAGAUGAAGAUAGACGAUGUGGACCGCGUGCUAGACGAGAUCAAUGACCAGACGGACCAGAUGCGGCAGAUCCAGGAUGCCAUGGGGCAGCCCAUCGGCGCCGCCGCCGACAUCGACGAGGAUGAGCUGCUGGGGGAGCUGGAGGAGCUGGAGGCGACCCAGCUGGACGAGGCGAUGCUCAGCGAGACGGCGCCGGUGCCCGCCCACAAGAUCCCCGCCGCCUCGCUGCCCGCCAUGCCCUCUGCGCCCACCACCAAGGCGCAGCCCGCGGCUGCCGCCAAGACUCCAGAGGAGCUGGAGCUGGAGGCGCUGCAAGCGGAGAUGGCCUUGCCCGAAAACUCGGCGCCGCCCGAGAUUUUUUACAAUGAGGACGAGGCCCGCAAGUACACAGAGAACAGCCGCAUGGUGACUAUCCAGACCACCCUGACGGAGCGGGCGCUGGAGCUGCUGGCGCUGCCGGACGACGGCGAGCCCAAGCUGCUGCUGGACCUGGGCUGCGGGUCGGGGCUCAGCGGCGAGGCGCUGACCGAGCGCGGCCACGUCUGGGUGGGCCUGGACAUCAGCAAGGCCAUGCUGGAUGUGGCGGCGGAGCGGGAAGUGGAGGGCGACCUGUGCCUGCACGACCUGGGCCACGGCCUGCCCAUCCGCCCCGGCACCGCAGACGGCGCCAUCUCCAUCUCCGCCGUGCAGUGGCUGUGCAACGCGGACACCAGCGCCAACGAGCCGCGCAAGCGCCUGCGCCGCUUCUUCGACUCACUGUACGCGUGCCUGGCCAAGGGCGCGCGCGCCGUGCUGCAGAUCUAUCCGGCCAACACCGAGCAGGCGGCGAUGAUGACCAACGCCGCCAUGCGCGCCGGCUUCAGCGGCGGCCUGGUGGUGGACUUCCCGCACAGCACCCGCGCCAAGAAGUACUUUCUGGUGCUGAUGGUGGGCGGCACGGCGGCGCUGCCGCAGGCCAGGGGCCUGGACGGCGGUGAGCCCGAUGAGGAGGAUGCGGCGGCGGAGGUGUAUGUGGGUCACAGGAAGACCAAGCGGCGAAAGCAGGGGCACGGCGACAAGGCCUCCAAGCGGGACUGGAUUGUGAGGAAGAAGGCGCAGCAGCGGUCGCGGGGGUACACCGCCGUCAAGCCCGACAGCAAGUACACGGGGCGCAAGCGGAAAGACAGGUUCUGA